GGGGGGACUGGCUACCUCGGAGGAGCGUCUCCUGGGCGGGGAGCGGCCCCGGGACCCGGUGGCGGCCCCCGCGAGUGUCCCCGCGAGUGCCCCGGCACCCCGAGGGCCCCGCAGCACGAUGGCGCGCAUGAACCGGCCGGCGCCCGUGGAGCUCAACUACAAGAACAUGCGCUUCCUCAUCACCCACAACCCCACCGACGCCACCCUCAGCAACUUCCUGGAGGACCUGAGGCGGUACGGGGCCACCACCGUGGUGCGCGUGUGCGAGGUGACAUAUGACAAGGCCACCCUGGAGAAGGACGGCAUCACCGUGGUGGACUGGCCGUUCGACGACGGCGCGCCCCCGCCCGGCAAGGUGGUGGACGACUGGCUGAGCCUGCUGCGGGCCAAGUUCUGCGAGGACCCGGGCAGCUGCGUGGCGGUGCACUGCGUGGCCGGCCUGGGGCGGGCCCCGGUGCUGGUGGCUCUGGCCCUCAUCGAGAGCGGGAUGAAGUAUGAGGAUGCCAUCCAGUUCAUCCGGCAGAAGCGGCGCGGUGCCAUCAACAGCAAACAGCUGAGCUACCUGGAGCAGUACCGGCCGCGGCGCAGGCUGCGCUUCCCGGACCCCGCGCGCAAGGCCCGCUGCCGCCUCAUGUAGCGGCCACGCCGCCGGCCACGUGCCCGGCCACCCUGCAGUCCCCGCGCCUGUCUGCGCCCCGCGCCCCUGUCUGCGC